UUAUAGCCGUAGAGAUCAAGACACAGUUUAGAGGCAAAAAAUGAUGGGGAAGGGUUCAUUUUGUGACAAAAAUGGAUUGAAAAAAGGCGCAUGGACCGAAGAUGAAGACAAGAAGUUAACAGCCUACAUCACAAGAUACGGCCACUGGAACUGGAGUUUACUUCCCCCGUUUGCUGGUGUGUCUAGAAGUGGUAAAAGUUGCCGGUUGAGAUGGAUGAACUAUCUUCGCCCAAACAUGAAACAUGGGAAUUUUACAGAAGAUGAAGACAAUGUCAUCAUAAGUUUACAUAACAAGAUUGGCAACAAAUGGUCUAAAAUAGCUUCAAAGUUGCCAGGAAGAAGUGACAACGAAAUAAAAAAUCGGUGGAACGUACAUUUGAAGAAACGCGUUCAGCACAACCAAACUGUGUCUGGAAGCGAACACACUGGAACCCUUGAACCUGAUCAGGCUAACCUAGACGUGAAUCCUGUCAAAGAAACAGAUGUUGAAUUUCAGCAUGAGGAUGGGAUAUUAUUUCCAGGAGUACCACCCUCUGAAUCAUCAUCAUCAUCAUCUUCUUCAAGCACAGAAUUGUUGUCAUGUUGGUUGAAUGGUAUAGACUCUGCAGGUUUGCGCGAUCUUACGCCACAAACAUUUGACGAUGAAAUGGUUGGUGAUUUCUGGACCGAGCCAUUUCUACCAGACAAUGAGGGCAGCAUACCAUUAGGCGAUAACUUGUGGUCACCUUUUAAUUUUGUCAAUGAUUUCAUCCAUCAAUCUUCUUGCCAGGAUAUGUUUAUGACUGAUGAGGUUUUAAGGCCAACACUUGAUACAUAUGUUGAAGACAAUGUUGAGAUGAAUUGAAGACAAUGUUUAUGACUGAUGAGGUUUUAAGGCCAACACUUGAUACAUUUGAUGAAAUUUAUUGUAAGAAAUUAGUUUAGACUAAAUCUGUAAUGUUGAUCAAUUCAAUAGAUAAACAUGAUAGA